AUGAAAAUAAGUUUAGUAUCCGUUUUUGUCCUGCUGAUGGUGGUGUGUUCUGCCAAGGCGGUGCGUUUGGUGGGUGGCACCAAUGAAACCGUCCAGUUCGGCCAGGAACGAAUUGUGGGAGGCCAGGUGGCCGAAGUGGGUUUUGCCAAAUACCAAAUCUCUUUGCAAGGUGCAUUCGGUGGUCAUAUGUGUGGUGGUGCCAUUAUCGACAACCGUUGGGUCCUGACUGCCUGCCAUUGUGUGGAUGGCUAUAACCCCGCCUUCUUGCGUGUCAUAACCGGAACAAAUGUUUAUUUCGAACCUGGAGCCGUUUAUGAAGUUGAAGAAUUCUAUUGUCAUUGUAAUUAUGAUAAUCCGACAUAUCACAACGAUAUCGCCCUGCUGUACCUGAAGGAACCCAUUGUCUAUGAUGAGUUGACCCAGCCAAUUCCUUUGCCUGUUAGUCCCUUGAAGGAUGGUGAUGAGGUGAUUCUAACCGGUUGGGGUGAUAACAUUCUAUGGGGUGGUACUCCCGAUAAUCUCUAUAAACUCUAUACGAAAUUUGUCACCUAUGAGGAUUGUUAUGAAAUAUUUGGCGGAGUGCCAAUGUUGGAUGUUGGUCACAUUUGUACAUUCACCAAGGUUGGCGAAGGUUCGUGUCAUGGUGAUUCUGGCGGACCUUUGGUCAGCAAUGGCCAUUUGGUGGGUUUGGUUAAUUGGGGUUUUCCCUGUGCUACUGGUAGCCCUGAUGCUCACUGCAAUGUAUAUUUCUAUUUGGAUUGGAUUCGUAAGGCUAUGAGCCAGAAAUGUCGUGAUUGUCACUGCAGUGCCAGUAAUUAUCCUUUUUCAAAUAAGGAAGUUGGAGCAACUAAAUAUUAA